GAACCCAAUGGUGCACCUUAAUCUCAUACCCUUCAUUCGCCUCUUUGCACAUCAGCCGCUCCGUUUCCAACCCUACUAGGCACUCCAUUCUUUUUUCAAAAUUACGUAAUCCAUUAAUGUCGUUGGACCCCGUCGCCUUUGCCCCAAUUGCAAAAUUCAAUCUUGCGCUGCAUCAAGCCUCUAAUAUCUCCGAGGAAAUUAUUUAUGUAGGCUCAAUCAAUGGCCUGGUUUGUAUAACCAAUCACUGUUGUGAUUGGAUCUGUGUGUGGAACCCUUCCACCAGAUUCCUCAAAGAACUCCCACCUGCAACUGAAGUUCCAAGAAUGGUUUCCAUUGGUUUUGGUUGGGACCCCGCUGUUAAUGAUUACAAGGUAGUGAGACUUUGUUGUGGAUGUCAGAAUUUAGUAACUUGGGUUGAGGUAUGGUCGGCCAGACCCACUUUACAAUCUUGGAGGGAGAUUAAUGUUUAUCACAACUUUUAUGUUCAGCGAUUGAUUUGUCAUGUGAUACUGGAGGGAUUCAUUUAUUGGAUCGCCGUAAGUGACAGUAAACCUGUUGUCGUUUCCUUUAUCGUGAGGUCCGAGGUACUGCGGGUGGUUCCCGUGCCAGAACUUUUACUCGAGGGGCUUCCGCUGCCACACCUUACACGAUGGUAUGAUAAUAGGCUACUCAAUCGUUUUCUAAUAUUUGCUAUGAAUUGGAAAGAAUCUUUUGCUUUGGUAGGAUGUGCAUCAGUGGAGCACAGAAAAAUAUAUCAAGUAUGGACAAUGGAAAAUGACGCGGUUGGGAAGGAAUCAUGGAGUAAGAAAUUCACCUUUGAACUAGAUAUUGAACCUGUUUUCAUUAGCUGUGUGAACGGAAUACUUGUACUGAAAAAAGAAACGGGUGAACUGAUUUUAUAUGACGUUGAAACCAGAGAAAGCAAGAAAAUUGAAAUUUUGGGAGUUGAUGCUUGGGUGAUUGGAGUUCACUACUACGUGGAGAGCUUACUCUCUAUCAAGAGGGUUAGUUGGGCCUCGCUGCUAUGCGAUGGGUUUUCUCUCGAUGAAGAGCUUAAAUCUGCUUGGAGAAGGCACCUGCUUGCCUCCAAGCAGAUUUAUCCUUUAUCCGGCCAGGCAAAGAAAUUUGUCAUUUCACAGUCUAGAUACAUUUCAAGAGGUGCAUUGGAAGGAAGAGCUCCUUAUAGGACUCUAAGUGCCGAAGGAACAAGAGAGCUACUAAAGGGCUACCUGUGA